AUGGAAUGGAUCGUGAGGACGGGAGGAUGGUGGUACGUGGUGCGAGUGAUGGAGGAGAGAGUGGAGAGCGGUGGGCGCUGCGAUGAAGAUGGAUGGCGAACCCUGGCGGCGGCGGCGGCGGUGGAGGCAGCUCAGCAUAAAGAGUGCGCCACAGUAGAGCUGUUGGGGAAACGCUUCUGGCGAAAUCCCUCUUCGUCGAAGCGGAUCAAAAUGUUCAACGCAACAGAGUUAAACUGAACUGUUUUUUAUCACUAAGUUGGUACUUAUUUCAUCUUCGUUUUAAAGAAGCGCUUGGAAUCGUUGGCGAAUUUUAGUAAAUUCAUUUCGUUUAUUUAAAAAGGUCAAAGGUUGUGCAAAGGCAAUUUAAAUUAAUGAAAACGAGCGUAUGUAAUAUACAGAAAGGUAAGUUGAUAAAAUAUU